ACGUGACACCCUGCGGCGCGCUCCGCUGUGCACCUGCAGAGAGAGGAGGAGGAGGAGUGGAGUUUGGAUGCCUCGGUCGAGCUGGACUGCCGCUUUUCACUCGAACUCAACAGAAGUUCUCCGACCAAGUUUUACCGAAGAAGUCGUGGAAUAGCUGGGACAGGAAUGGAGCUUUCCUCGGGCCGGUGUUGCUGUGUUCUGUUGAGCCUCUUUGCAGGUUUGGCCUCUGGUCUAGAGAUCACGUCUACGGCGCAGACAUCCAUAGAGACAGCCAGCGGGCAGAGUGUGAAGCUGGACUGCAAGUUCACUCUGGCCCCGGAAGAUUCUGGACCGCUGGAUAUUGAAUGGAGCUUGUUGUCCUCUGACAACCAGAAAGAGGACAAAGUGGUGAUCCUGUACUCAGGCGACAGGGCCUACGAGGACUACUAUGACCCACUGAAGGGUCGAGUCCACUUCAACUCAGCCGACCCCAAGACCGGAGAUGCCUCCAUCAACCUGACGGGGCUGAAGUCCACCGACUCGGGCACCUACCAGUGUAAGGUGAAGAAGGCUCCUGGUAUCCGCAGCAGGAAGAUGCUGCUGAUCGUCAUGGUGAAGCCAUCCAAGCCCAGGUGCUAUGCCGAAGGCCCCACACAGGAAGGCAAAAACGUUGUGCUGAGAUGCAUAUCUAACGAAGGCACCAAGCCCCUGCAAUACAGCUGGGAGAAAACCAGUGACAGCAAGCUGCUGCCCAGCUCUGCUGUGAUGGAUCCAGUGGGAGGCACCAUUAACGUGAGGAACGCAUCUGCCAGCACAUCUGGCACCUACCGCUGCACUGCCACUAACCGCGUUGGCUCUGAGGAAUGUAUUCUGUAUCUCAACGUGACACCUCCCCCCAACACUGCAGGCAUCAUCGCAGGAGCCAUAAUUACUGUACUGCUGAUCCUCAUCAUCAUUGCCAUUAUCCUCUUCUGCUGUUGCCGUGCCCGUAACAAGAAGAAGUAUGAGAAGGAAAUCUGCAAUGAGAUAAGAGAGGACGUGCCCCCUCCUAAGAGCCGUGUUUCGACGGCGCGCAGCUUCACCGUGGGCAGCCAGCGCUCCUCGCUGGGCUCCAUGUCCCCCUCCAACCUGCAUGAGUACGCCCUGAAGCCCCAGUACGACAAGAUUCCCUCGUCAGAGGAGUUUGAGAGGCCUCCGAGCCACGCCCCUCUUCCCCCACCUACUGCUGCCAGGAUGGCCGGCCCCAACCUCAGCCGCAUGGGGGGCAUCCCUGUCAUGAUCCCUGCCCAGAACAGGGACGGCUCAAUCGUCUAGCCUGUCCUCGAGAGGUGGCCGUGCAACGAGGGGAGGGAUUGGAGGAAGGGAGUAGGACACAAGCCACUGGAGAUGGAGCACGAGCUGGGAGGGGGCCGACUCUCCUGACGUCUCCUCCUCCUAUAAAGGCUUGGCUCUGCUCCGGUGCUGGGAAGGGAAUUUGAAUUGUACUGGAAACACAACAGAGCACAUUAACUUUUUAUCAAUAUAAAUACAAACAAACUUUUAUGAAUUUUACUUCCUGGACUUUCUCACUGAAAUAUGAAUUGGUGUGGCUAUAAAGCAGAAUGGUCAAUAUACAAAUUGUAUUGUACAUAACGUGAGUGCAUG